GGGGGGGUUUCACUCUAGGCCGUUGCCUUUAAAAGAGACAGCCGCAUCGCUUUUCCAUGUAGUUUACAAGAUUUUCCCAGGACAGCCAACUCGGUCCAGUCAUUCGCUGUCAUUUUACCUACCAGAUUUUGGCCCACUGUCACUCUUUCCAGUGGUCAAACUAGGUAUCUUUAGAACACGCCAAUAAUACACGAUGGCGCCACCUACCCUUUUCGCAUCGGCCCUGGCCGUUGCUGGCGUUCUCGCCGCUCCCCAAGCGGCGAGGUUGGAUUACCGAACUAUCAAUCCGGCCGAGCCGCCUGUGUUUGAGCCAUACCCGAUCAAACCAGACAACACGACCAACGGUACGGUCCCCGCACACGUCGACUCGGCGCACUUCCGCAUCUACCUUGGCUCUGAGACCACCGAGGCGCAGGCUGUCGAGGGAUUGAAGCCCCUCGAAGCCGCCUAUGACUGCUUCGUGGGAAGACUCGGCUUCAAUUCAUCAGGGCUGAACCAAUACGGCACACCCGAAAAGGGCCCUUACUACAAGUCCGACUUUUCCAUGGUUAGUGCGCUCCCGUUUGGCGCCGACUUUGACGGUUACGCAUCUUACGACAUCCCUACCGGCCGCGCAACUGUGAGGAUAAAGAACGGUUACAUGACCCCGUAUCUAUCUGUGCACGAAUACGGCCACGUGCUGCACUGGCACCAGGGUCUCAACAACGCCUGGGCGCGCAUCCCCAACUGCCAGCCCUGGAACAAGGCGCUGGCCAACUGGGUGGCCGACGUGUACCUCACGUCUGGCGACGACGUGUGCGGACCCUCGCGCGCCAAAUUCAACGCGUCGGGCGGCGACUCCAACUUUGACCCGUUCAAGGUGGUCGGCGAAUCCUACCUGUCCAUCGUCGACGCCAGCGACCGCACCAAGGGCAACCCCUACCAGGCCUGGCCCUUCUUCGAAUACCUCUUCCGCAACCUGGACAACAUCGAGGGUCUCGGGCGGGACGUCGUGCCGGCGAUGCUCCGCGCGACCCCGGACGUGGGCACCGACGAGACGCCGCUGCACGCCCUGCAGCGCGUGCUGGGCGGCUCGGCCAAGGUGCAGGACGUCGUGGCCAAGUACUGGGCGCGCAUGGCCAACGGCGACAUUGGCCACCCCACCAUCCAGCGGUACAUGCUCGAGAACAAGCAGUUCCUCAACAUGUACAACUUCCCGACCCCCACGGAGAACGGCACCUUCAAGGUCAGCCCGGAGCGCGCGCCGCAGUACAUGGGCGCCACCAUGGGCAAGCUGGUCAUGGCGGAUGGCGCGACCCGCGCAGACGUCAAGGUCACGCCCGCGAAUGCGACCAUGGGAUUCACGGCCAUGUUUUCCGUGCUCGACUCGGCGACGAACAAGGUGCGAUACCAGACGCUCGAGGGCGGCUCGGGCUCCGUCGAGCUCGCAAAGACCGAGGACGCCACGCUCGUAGUCGUCAACACCCCCGCGACGCUGCUCAAGUACAACGCGGGUAUCUUGAACAUGACUGAGGCGGCUAGGACGCUUGAUUUCUCCGUCACCAUGACGGGCGCUACCUUUGCCAAGUUUUAGUUGGAGGUUGUUUGAGAGGGUUCUUUGAUGUAUAUAGACCAACAUAGGCUUGAUUCCCCAAGUUGCUGAAUGAUACCAUUACAAAUUUCAACGUUCG